CACCCACGAAGCAUCGUUACCCAUCGCUCCACAAAAGCCGAACAACUACUUCAAGGUCUCAGAGCAAGUGACGUCACAAAUUGAACCGCUAUUUAGCUAGCCGUUUCACAUCCGUUACAUAUGCUAAACAUCCGCAUUAAACAACCUUCAUUAGUUAACAGAGCAUCUUUUAAAUUAUUGAAUAAUUCAUAAUAAUACAUGGAAUUUGUAAAUACAUUAACAUUAAUAUUAGUAGUUGGGGUUUGUCUACAUUCGCCUUUGGCCACUAGUCACAAUAUAAUAGCUUUUGAAUGUUCUUCUAAAAAUACAUCUAAAACUUAUGCCUGCUUUAUGGUUAGGAAAAACUUUGGCCUUUAGAAUGUUCCUUUCAAGACAACUGGAAACUCGGACAAAAAACGAGAGCUUAUUAAAGGCGCUGCAUUGUCAAUAAAUCAUCUGUAUUGACAAUACAGUAUUUACUGCGAUGCGGCCUCCGCAGAAGUCAGAGCUAACACAUUUUUUGCAUUUGAAGGAAGUUGUAAAGAAAGUGUGUUUGUGUUUUUCUAGGACUGCCCCCCAUCUACUGUCAACCAAUCAACCAUCCACUCAAUUUGACCUCUGCAUGCCUCUGGAGACUCCACAAUUGCGUCACACCAUCCUUACAGUGCCUCAAACCACAUUUUCGGAUUAAGCGUGGUGAUACGGCAGAGGUAUAAUAAUGCCGAGGUCAAAAUAACUAGGAACUCGUAGAAAUAGUAGGUCAAAUCAUGACGUCAGUGAAUUUAAGGCUGGAAAAGUCGGAGCUCUAGAAAGAGGCCGGAGUUCACGAGAUGGAAUUCCGAGUUGGAUGACCGUUCAAAUCGAUUUUCCCGUAGCAGCUCGUUUUUCCGAGUUCCCAGUUGUUUCCAACGGACUGAAGUCGGAAGUAGGAGAUUUCCGAGUUACCAGCUGUUUUGAACACCGCAUAACUCAAUACAUUUUUCAUUAAUGUUGACGUUUUUGCAAAAUAGAUUUUAGUCGCGCGAUUUUGCAUUUGACUAUGAUAUUUGGUGCAGUAUUUCUCAAGUGACUUGCCUAGUUUCUCUUUGAGACAGCACUUCAUUGAAGUAUCCCUACUGUUGACCAAUCGCCGACGAGGGAGCGUAGACUUCGUCGACCGACUUCCGCUUGCCUCUAGAGAAAAAUUGUGUGCCCGAACUGCUGAAAAAUAACCUGCCGAAGUCCAAAACAAACAAAAACGUCACAAAAUGUCAUCAUAAUAUAUUCACGAACUGUUCCGUCUGGGAUGCAUGCGGACGCCACUAGCCAACAAAAGAGAAAAACAACAACAUGCUGGAAAUGUUACAUAACAACAGGGUAUAAAUAAGCAGUCAAAUGAGGCUGGGAUUUUGAGAUAGGAGAAUCAGGAAAGGGAACAGCAGUUCAUGGAAGACAAGAAAAAGAAGAAAGAGGAUAAAAAGAAAAGGGAAGCUUCCCAGAAGGUGACUGAACAAAAAGUCAAAGUGCCAGAAUCAACCAAGGCCAGCUCCACACAGUCACUAGCCACUCCUGGCUCUGUGUCUCCCAGCCCUGGCCCCACUCCACCAUCGUCCCCCUGCCCUGCAGCUGGGUUCGCUGUUCCUCCGGGUGGGAACAAUGCAAACCGGGCGGCUGUGGCCAACGGACAGCCCCCCACCGGAACUCAGCGCUAUAUGCCCAGAGAGGUGCCACCACGAUUCCGCUGCCAGCAGGACCACAAAGUGCUUCUGAAGAGAGGCCAGCCACCACUGUCCUGCAUGCUGCUGGGGGGAGUGAGCGGUAGGGGAGACGCACCCCCUCUUUCACUGGGAGAUGCCCCCAAUGCAACCACAUCUGGAUCCACAGAUCCCAAUCUGGGUUCACCUUCUCCUUCACCCCCUCACUCUUCACCCUCAUCUUCAGUUGCUGCUUCUUCAACUUAUGCAAAUUCCACAUGGGGGAUUGGCUCUGGCAGCCAGCCCCCUUCUCAGGGCUGGGAGAAGGUGAUAGUGGAUGGGAGUGACCUUGAAGAGUGGCCCAGCAUUGUGGGUGGGGAUAGAGUGGGUACCGAGGGAGCAGAGCUGGAUGUCCCCAACAACAGCAGUGCCUCACGGACUGACAAAUGCACCCAACAGCAUCUGAGGACAGGAGGAGCAAGAGCUGGGAGUUCAGACAGUCCCUCCCCACCCCACUCUUCCCCCUCGUCACUCACUGAAUGUGUCCUGUCUGGUGUCGUGUGGGGCUCUUCCAGUCAGCCUGAAAUUGGAGUGGCCGCAGCAGCAGCAACAGCAGAGGGGCCAGUGCUCAACAAUUCCAAAGUCUCCUUUCUUCCUGGGACUCAGGAGAGCCCUCUCCGUGUGAACAGUGGGAUUCCUGGUGCCAACUUCAACCCUAAUGCCAACCCUUCAGCCUGGCCUGCCCUUGUGCAGGAUGGAACGACAGGGGUUGGUGCAGCUACCACCGAAGCUGUGCCCUCAUCCAUCACAACAUCCUUCUCUGCCAGUACCACCCAUACUCAUCCACUCUCCUCUGUGAAUCAAGCUAGCUAUCAGCACCAACUCCAUGAAAUGCCUGCCAGGGAUGGAGCACAUCUCCAUGGGGACUGGGGGGGCUUGGGGCCGGAGCUUGGAGAAGGACCAAAUCAAGAAGGCAGAGACCCUGUGGACAGUGGGGUUGUUGGAGGGAGCGAGCAUCUCUCUGCCUCGUCAUCCUCCUCCACAACCUCUUCCUCUUCAUGGAGAGCUUUGCCUCCCCCCUCUAACCUCAACACAGGUGCCUCUAAGACUGAUGGGUGGGACAUAGUAGGGGGAGAUGCAGCUCAGGAGGAGGAGAAAGCUGGGUUGGCAGGAGAUGAGGAGUGGGUCAGGGGAAAUGAUGUUAGCUCAAAUACCCCAGUGGUAUCUCAGGGAGCAUGGGAUGGGGCUACAGAGGAGGGUUGGGGCGGUACACAGGAGUCGACAGAUGUCAGGGGUUCCAGCAACCCGGCAAUAGGAAGUAGCGGUGGAGGCGAGAGCAGCAGCAGCAGUGGAGGUAGCGGUGGUGGUGGUGGCGGAAUAUCCCAGGAUUCUGCCUCACCAACAUUUGCUACUAUGACAACAGCUUGGGACAAUCAGAAAGGGGUUGAUGCUGUGGGGGAAUGGGCAGGUCAAGGUGGCAGAGGAAGUGGAGACCCCUCAUCCUCCAGUGGAGGAGGGUCCAGAGCUGGGAGUCACAAUCGGAACCAUGAGCAUUCCCGCCACCGCUCCAGCAACCCACCCCCCAACCCUGAAGUGGCCUUACAGAGCAUGCUCAGCCGGUCGGACCUGGAUCCCAGAGUGCUGUCCAACACUGGAUGGGGGCAGAUCCAGGUACAGCAGAAUGUUGCCUGGGACCUGGAUACAGGAGCAGCAAGUCAAAAUGAGGGAAGCAGUUCCCCUGCAUUUCCAUCUCAAGCUGUUAGUUCUACUGGUCGGGCAUCUACUUACCCCGCAAGCAACAGCACAAUGACUACUGAUCCAUCUGCUGGGGCCCAUAUGCCUACUAUGAUCACUGGUCCUGGCCCUGUACCUUCAAAGGGCGGCUGGGAUGACGAGUCAAAUUGUGCUCCACCAUCCAACAUGCGGAAUUCUGCUCCCUCCAGGAUGCCAGUGAAAGAUAUUGAAGGCAGCCAGGGAAUGACGAGUGGAGCCUGGGGCGACGUCAGUACUUCAGAGAGCCAUGGCAAAGGCUGGGGCAGUGAGGAGCAGGAGGGGAGAGACCGCAGAGGGGGCGGAGGAAGUAACUGGAGAGAUUUCGGAGAACAGGGUGGCGGAAGAGAGAGUGGCUGGGGAGGUGGUCAGGAGGAGAAGGGGACUGCAGGGGGUUGGAAAGAGAUGGGUAGGGAGGGAGGUGGAUGGGGACAAAGAGGGGGAGGCAACUGGGCGCAGCGUGAACCCAAGACAGUCAGUGGAGGCUGGGGGGAAGGGAGGGGCAGAGUUGAAGGCAACACGGACAAAGGAUCUUGGGGUAACAUAGAUGAGGGAGGCCCACAGAGGAGUUGGGGAAGUGGAGGUGACAUGGGCGGCAAACCGCACCAGGACUGGUGCAUGAAGCCGCAUUCACCACAGAUACCAAACAGCCAAGCGGCAACACAGAAAGCCCCAAAUCAACAGCAACACCAAUCACAGACCCAACAGCCACCAGGAGGCUUGGGCAGGUCAGGAGGUCCUCCCAUCCAGAAUCAGAACCAAAACUCGGGCUGGACUGCUGGCCCCAUCCCUCAGAUCCCUGUUGGGCCUGCUGAGGCCCCUGAGCCCAGCGGGUGGGAGGAGCCCUCCCCACAGUCCAUCAGCCGCAAGAUGGAGAUUGAUGAUGGCACCUCAGCCUGGGGCGAUCCCACCUGCUACAACAGCAAGAAUGUGAACCUGUGGGAUAAAAACAGUGCCCCCUCUGGUCAGCCACCACCACUUCAAGGCCAAACUCAACAGGGUCCACCUACAUCCGUACAACAGCCACCACCAAGGAGACAGCCUGCGAUCCCAGCUAACCGGGACUCAAACCCUGGCAAUGCACCUGGAAUGGGCCCAGGUAUGUGGGGAGGGGGUGGCAACCUUGUUGGACAAUCUUUGGAUAAUGGCACUGCUUCCUGGGGGCAGACUUCUGAUGCACCAUCUGGCUGGGGAGACCCAGAUAACUCAAGCAAAACUACUGGUUGGGGAAACCCCUCAUCUAAAUCUGGUUCAAAGUCUGUGCAAGAGAGCUGGGGCAAAGGAGAGGGCCCAGUUCCAGCCUCUCGACACUCCAGUUGGGAUGAGGAGGAGGACGUUGGUGGAGUUUGGAACAGCACAGGCUCACAGACCAGCAGCAACUACAACUCUGGUGGCUGGGGGCAAGGCCCCGGGGGAAAGAGAGGCAACAUCAAGGGUGGAGGUGGAGAAAACUGGAUGAACCCAAUAACACGACAAUUCCAAAAUAUGGGACUCAUGGGCGAGGACUUGAGUCUUGAUAAAAAGUUGGAAGGAGAUAAGAGAGGGAUGAACGACUACAGCUGUGAAAUGCGGAGAGGAGGAAGAGGUGGCGGAGGCUACCGUAUGCCCAGUUCCAAAGACAUGGGGCCUGGAGACAUGGGACCUUACAGUGACAAGAUGGGUGGUCAUGGUUUAUUUGGUGGCAGCGGUGGGAUGCCUCCGUCUCGGGGAAUGCGCCAGCCUGGGAUGCAUCCCAUGAACCCCUCCCAAGGGUUACGCGGACAAGUCCCUCACCAAUUCUUGUCUGCGCAGGUGCCGGGUCCCAUGCUAAAGCAGAUACCCUCUCCUGGCAGCAGUGUUGGAGGAGUAGGUGUCGGAGGAGGGGUGUUCCCACCUCAGCUCUCGCCACAGCAACUUGCCGUGCUUAGUAACAUUUACCCUCAUGUGCAGCAAUUCCACCUGGCUUGUCAGCUCCUUCUGCAGCAGCAACAGCAGCAGCAGCUCCUGCAGAACCAGAGGAAGUUGCCCCAGCCUAUACGCCAGCAGACUGAUCCACAGCAGCUGGCUAGGAUCAUGGCUAUUCUGCAACAACAGAGACAGCAACAACAACAGGGAGUGGUAGGCGGAGGCAGUGGGAGCUCCAAACUGUCCCCAUCUCUUGGAGGGGCACCAAAACAGCCGAUGGCAGACUCAAUGCCUCACCCUGGUAUGGGUGGGCCCUUGUCAGAUCUUCAUGCCAAAACACAGGCGAUGUACUCUGGUCUUGCUCCCGGAGGCAAUCUGUCUGGGCUAGAGCUGGGCUCCAUGGUGGGGGGGGUGAAGGAUGGAGGAGGGCAGCAGUCCCGCUUCAAAUGGAUGAUGGAGGGUCACUCUCCGGCCCCCUCUCCCCCAGAUACAGCCCAUCACAAGAAUGGUCCUUUACCCAUGGCCAUGAAAGUUCGAGAGGGCUCCCCAUAUUCACAGUAUGAGUUGCUCGGAGUUGAUGGGUUGGGAAUGACCCCUCAGGGCCCUUCUGACAACUGGCACCGUACCCCUGGAAGCAAGAUGGGCACCAUGACUGGGACAUCCAGCUGGCCCCCAGAGUUCCAGCCUGGAGUGCCCUGGAAAGGCAUCCAGAGUGCCGACCCGGAGUCGGACCCCUACAUGACCCCUGGCAGUGUGCUGGGCUCCCAUGGACCCUCCAGCCUCAGUGACUCUGACCACCAGUUACUGCGAGACAAUACAGGGCCAAACCCCUCCCUCAACACCUUGCUGCCUUCACCAGGUGCCUGGCCCUACAGUGCCUCAGACAACCCCCUUGGCAAUGCACACAGCACAGCGAAGUACUCUGACUACAAACCCAGCUGGCCCCCAGAGCCCAUUGGACACAAUAAGCCGUGGAAGACCAGUCGCAUCAGUUCCCAGCUGCCACGCCCCCCUCCUGGACUGACCAGUCAGAAACUGGCCUCGACAUCCCUAUGGGGCAGCGGAGCCCCGCGUUUGACCAGGGGCUGGGGAGAGGGCGGGGGCAGUCAAGAUUCAAGAUUUGGGACAGGCUCAGCGUGGAAUGAUGGUGUGGCCUCCAGAGGCAGCUGCUGGCUACUGCUCAGCAAUCUCACCCCUCAGAUUGACGGUUCCACGCUACGGACUAUCUGUAUGCAGCACGGCCCCCUGCUGACCUUUCACCUCGGCCUGACCCAGGGCAGCGCCCUGAUUCGUUACAGCACACGUCAGGAAGCAGCCAAGGCCCAGGGUGCACUGCACAUGUGUGUUCUGGGGAACACCACAAUCCUGGCAGAGUUUGUGAGUGAGGAGGAAGUGGCUCGCUAUUUUGCACAUUCCCAGGUUGGAGGUGCGGAGGGGGCCAGCCCAGGGGCAGGGGCGGCCCAGGGCUCGUCAGGAACGCACACAGUGGUGUGCAACAGCGGAGGGGGCUCCCCGGGGAGUGAACGAGCAGCAAUUGGGGCAGGAAACAAUUUGGGUGGAAACAGCGGUGGAGGAGGGGUUCUGGGUAGUGUGGGGCCUUCCAGCUCCGGCUGGCAAAGUUUGGAUGGUACGGGAAGCUCUCCAGAGGCCACCUCAGCCCAAGGUCCUGGGCUUGGUAUUUUUGCUCAGUGGAGCGCCAACGGGGCUGGGAAGGGGGUAGGGGGUGGGGUGGGACGGGUAGAGGCAGGGAGGUCUGGGCUCUGGGGUGGUGUGACCCCAGGUUACUCCAGCAGCAGCUUGUGGGGUGCACCCCAAAUGGAGGACAGGCAGCAAAUGGGCAGCCCAGCUGCCCUGUUGCCUGGUGACCUGCUGGGAGGAGUGGCUGACUCCAUCUGACACACCUUCACAUAAGUAUAUAUUUAGACACACGACAUACACUGGGAAACACAAAUACAUAUAUAAAAUUGACUAAAUAUAACCACGUAAACACACGCAUACAUAUAUAACUGACUAAAUAUAACCACGUAAACACACGCAUACAUAUAUAACUGACUAAAUAUAACCACAUAAACACACACAUACAUAUAUAAAUGACUAAAUAUAUCCACGUAAACACACAAGCAGAAAUGUGAGACAUGCUUACACACAUUCUCAUGGCCAGACUUAAGCUAUUCUAUAAACAAAUGCAGGGACUGUUAGACGUGUAAGGCCUUUUUCCACAGAUGAAGAUUUCAACUGCUAGACUUGAACCUGAAAAAUUAGUCUGUCGGUCUGAGAGACUGGCUGGAUUGCAUUGUGCUUAGUAGGUGAUUUGAUGACAGACUUACAUGGACAUGCACACACCAAAUACAAACUAGCCUUUGGACAGAUGGGCACUGUAACAGCAUUACUCGCAUCAUAUAGGAAAACUAUGUGAUGCAGGACAACCUGCAGUUUCCAUUCAUGCCCCUUAUGGAGACUGAAUCAAAACAUGUGCAAACACACCGCUCUGAUUGAUGACAACUAUCUUAUUGUGUAUGUUAAGUUUCUGUUUUGUAUGGUUGUUUUUAUUUUGAACAGUGGAAUACUGAAAUGUAAUUGUUCCUUUCAAAUGCUGACCUCCUACUGUUGUUUUUCUCUCAAUCACGUUUGUUACUAUGAUAAUUGUUGAAACUCUGGCAGUAUGAGGGAACAUUGCAUUUCUCAGAGAGUGGGAUACUGUGUAUGGAAUACUCAGUGUGUGUGUAUGAGUGUAUGAGUGAGAAGGAGACCAAGUGAUUAAACCCCUGUGUGUGAAUGUGAGGAUAAUGUAGUGUGCAUGUUACUGCCUGUCAUGAUUAGUGUGCGAGGCUGCUUACAGAAGGUCUAAAAAUCUGUUUUGAGUGCAUUCGGUAUACUGCUGACUGUGUUCAAGAACAUUGGCACUAAUGCUUAGUUUUUUUUUCUCUCAUUUUAAGAUAAUUUUUUUUGCAGACUGUCUUUUUUAUUGUCCGAACUGCAAUAAUAAAAAAUUUAAUGAUACAAAGAGCUGAAGGCAUAUGUAUUGAGAAAAAGGACAUGCCAAAUCUUAUCAAACUGUGGAGUGGUGGGGGGUUGUUUACAAGACACAGAAAAGAGUUACCGUGUGUUUAUAUGUUUUGUUGUGUAUCGUUUUAAAUUAAGACAGGCUUUAACACUCCUGUUCAGUGUUUCGUUUUGAGAUUUUACAAAUAAAUUUAUUUAAACAGAGAACAAGAUUACUAAUAAAGAUGAAAGUAUUGGCUUCUA